AUGGGUUCUCCAAAUGGUCAAAAUUUAUUUUUUGAUAAUAUAUCCCCAACAACUUCAAUAAGGGGAGAAACAAGUGCUUCAAGUACAAUAAUAGAUGAUGAAUAUGACAUAUUACCAAAUGAUUAUUAUACAAAAAGGCCAAACUAUCUGAGAAAAGCAACAUUUGAAUCAGAUUAUGCAUUUGCAACCAAUAAUAAUAAAUCCAUGUUAUUACCAAUGCAACAUAAACAUAAUUCAAGUUCAUCAAUACUGGAUAAAUACUCAAAUUUAAAAUUAACAAAUUCAUUAAAUACUGAUACUACAUUAUUAAAUUCAGAACCUCCAUCUGCAUUAAGUUUAAAUUAUUCAGAUCCUGCUGCAUCUAAUUUAACAAAGCCUCCAUCAGAUAUAAGUAUACCAGAUAUUCCUUUAAAUGAUUAUUCAAUAGAUCAAACAUUAAGUCCCAAUACAUUUACUGAGUAUAAAGAAUCAUUAGAUAUAAAUCCUCAUCAAAGUAUUGCAAAUUUAUUUGAUGAACAUGAACUUAUGUCAAAUGGUUCUUCACAACAAAGUAAUGAUGAUCAUUCAUCAUUAUCACUGGAAACAAGAGAAAAUGUUGCCCUUAGUAAAACAUCUUAUUUAAAUAAUAUAAAUCAUAUAAGAGAUCAUUUAGAUUUUUUAAAUCAAAAUUUAAAUACAACAAAAUCUCAUAGAAAUUCAGAUUCAAAAUAUAUUGAUUUUUCAAAUAUUUUACCUGAUACAGUACCAGGUUAUACUUUAGUUAAACAAUUUGGGAAUAUGAAUUUUGAAACAAAUUUAUUAUAUCAUGGUUUAAAAAUAAGUGAUACUGGUAAUCUUGAUAAUGAAGAUUUUCUGUGUAAAUUAGCUAAUCCUCAAGGUUCAUUUGUAACAGUUGAUUCAAAUGUUAUAUUAAGAUUAUCUCCAAAUAUUUUAAAAAAUUUAUCAUUAUCAAGAUUAUUAAAUGAAUGGUAUAUUUUAUCUGGUAUGAAUACACCAAAAACUCAUUUAUUAUGGUCAAAUGAAACUUUAACUAAUGAAUUUAUUACUGACACCAAAAGACCAACACUUGAUUUAAGUGAUAAAUCAUUACCACCAACUUUACCAACCAAUAUACCAGGUGUAUUAUAUCCAAAAGAAGUAUUAAAUUUUUCAUUUCUUGGUGAAGAAGAUAUAAAUUUUCCAAGAACUAAUUCUUCUAGAGAACAAAAAAGAAUGGCUUUGGUAUAUGAAGACUUUAAUUAUAAAACUCUUAAAGAAUUUUUUUGUGAUACAAGUGAUCACGAUGUGGAAAGGACCGGUUCUUUUUCAUCAAAUGGUUCUGCAAAUGGUCAUAGUCGUAGAAAAUCAGCUACAAGUGCGGCAUCAAUGUCAAAUGCAUCAGGUUCAAAUCGAUCUGAAAGUAUUGAACAAUCAACUGGUGUCUUUAAUGGUAUAGGUCAAAUUGGAGCUACAAGUUCAACUAAUUCUUUGUUUAAUAAAAUAACUAAACAAGUUACAAGUUCACCAAAAACUCCAUUGAAAGUAAUUGAAAUAAUAUCAGAUAUGAUAAGUGUAGUUGAAACAUUAGCCAAGAUUCAUGAAAUAGGUUUUGUUCAUAAUGGGAUAACAAGUUCAAAUUUAUUAAAAUCAGAAGAUAAUCAAAAUGAUAUUAAAUUGACAGGUUGGGAAUUUGCCUUUUGUUAUAAUGAAAAUAGCGUUUAUGGCUAUAGGAAAAACCAUCUUAAUGAAAUUCAAGAGUUAAUACCAUAUAUGGCACCAGAAGUUUCAGGAGUAGUUAAUAAAUAUGUGGAUUAUAGAUCAGAUAUUUAUUCAAUUGGUAUCGUACUAUAUGAGUUAUUAUUGAAUACUUUACCUUUCCAAGCAGAUGAUUCGAGUUCAAUAGUUAGAAUGCAUGUUUUCCAAAAACCAAUUGCACCUCAUUUAUUAGCACCAAAUUGGAUUUCUGAAAAAUUAAGUUCAACUAUAAUGAGAUGUUUGGAGAAAAAUCCAGAAGAUAGAUACCUUGAUUCUUAUUCAUUGCUAAGUGAUUUAAUGCUUACAAAAAAUCAUUAUAUUGAUAAAGUAGGAGCAUUAGGUGAACAAGUUUGGAAUUUUUGGAAAAAAACUGGUGAAUUUGAUAUCUACUUAAACAAAGAGAAAUUUAAAUAUUCUAAUAAAGUUGGUCAUUCACCAAUUAUAAGUUUUAAUAAUAAGUUCAUUGGUAGAGAAGAUGUUUAUAAAAGUAUAUUUGAUAAAUAUCAUAGUUCAUUUGAUAGUGGGAUUAAUUUAUUUAUGUUGAGUGGUGAAAGUGGAGUUGGUAAAACCAUUAUAUUAAAUGAUUUAAGAGCUGGGGCAGUUUUCAAAUAUGAUUUUUAUUGUUUUUGGAAAUUUUCUUGUGCAGAUAUUGGCAAUUCAAUAUAUUCAUUAUUACUUGAUGGUAUCAAAACAAUUAUUACUCAAAUAUUGGAAUGUUCUGAAGAAAUUCAAGAUAGUUGGAAAAAUUUAAUUGUUAGUAAUAUUCCAUUAGAUUUAAGUAUAUUAUUUUAUUUAAUACCUGAGUUAAGAAAAUUAUUAGGUCCAAAAUAUAUUUCAAUUUAUUCACAUAAACUGGGUUAUAAUACUCCAAACACUCCAAGAAAAGAAGAACAAACUUCAAGUUUAGAAGUUAAAUUUAGAUCAAUCAUUCGUUCAUUUUAUAGAGUUGUUGCAUUACAAGGAUUAACCAUAUUCAUUGAUGAUUUACAAUGGUGUACAGAAGAAUCAUGGAUGUUACUUUGUGAAUUAUUUAAUUUUGAUCAAGAAGAAGAUGAUUUGAAUUCAAUGUCUUUGAAAAUUAUAGCUACAUACACCACAGAUGUCGAUCAAUUUCAAGAAAAGAUAAGUACAACCGACAAAGAAAAACGUUUCAGGACACACAUUGAAAAAUCAAAUAUCAAAUUAAAUUAUUACUAUAUACCGCCUUUGAAAACUGAUUCAAAUAUAAGUGAUCCAAUUUUUUUCUUUAAUCAUCCAAUCCAAAAUAAAAAUGAUGAAACAACAAGUAUGUCUUCAAUGUAUGAUAAAAAGAAAUCAGAAAUUAAAAAAGUUGCAAAUAAAUAUGAUUUAGAAGGUAAAAAGUUUUAUGACGUAACUGGUGGGAAUAUUUUAUUGUUAAUCUAUGCUACAAGAAUGGCAAGAUUUUGGCAACAUUGUUUUUAUGUUAGUCAUCCAAAUUAUGGAGAAGUUGUAAUAGAUAAUAUAUCACCAGAAGUCUAUGGUAAAAAUAGAGAAGAAGUUGUUGUUAAAUACUUGAAUGCUUCAACUACUCCAGAAACUCAAAAAUUAUUAGAAUUUGCAGCAAUUAUAUCAAAUGGUUCUAGUUUCCAUCUUUCAGAUUUAGUAGUUGCUGUUGCUUUACCAAUGGAAAAAGUGUUUCAAUUAUUACACACUUUAAUUGAUGCAAAAGUUAUAAUACCCACAAGUACAUAUUAUAAAAUUCCAUUUCAAGCAUUAUGUUCAAAUGAGUCACCAUUUGACUUGUCGGAUAAUAAUGUAUGGGAAUUAGCAUCACAUUGUAGUUAUAGAUUUUUCCAUGAUUCCAUUAGUGGUCACAUUUUAAAUCAUUUAAUGACAACCAACAAAUUUAAAGAAUAUUCAAGAUUAUGUGCAUUAAGGUAUUACAAAACCAUAAGUAAAGAAAAAACUUUAAAUAUUGGUGGAUAUUUACAAAUGGCUGGAUAUUUCAGUGAAUCUUACGAAGUUGCAAGACCUGAAGAAAAAGAAUUAUACAUUGAAGUUUUGGUUCAAGCUGGUAGGUAUGCCUCAUCAACUUAUAAUAUGAAAUUGGCACAAAAAUUAUUUGAAGUGGUUGGAGAAUUAAUAGAUGUAUUGGAUUCCAAAACCCAAUUAAAAUCAGUGUUGACAAUUGCACAAAAUCAUUAUUAUUUCAAAGAAUAUGAUAAAUGUCUCGAAGUUAUGACAAAAUCUCAAAAAAAAUAUGGAUUUGAUAGAUUAGUGUUCCUUCAUCAGUUGGUGAAGUGUAAAAUUCAAUUAGGACAAAUUGAAGAAGCCAUCAAUAUUUGUUUUGAAAGCUUACCAAAACUAGGGAUCAAUAUAAGUAAAGACGAAGAGAAGAACCAAAAAGAAUUUGAACAUAUAAAAGCCAAAAUUCCAGUUUCCGUACCAGAAAUUAGAAAUAUUUUAAAUAAAAAGAGAACUAAUGACGCAAAAAGUUUGUUGAUUUUCCAUUUAAUAACGCAAAUACUAUCACCUUUGGUAGUGUUACGCAAAAAUGCAACUAGAAAAUUAUUAGUUGCACAAGCUAUUCAAUUAAUUCACUCUCAUGGAUCAUCACCAUAUGCAGCAAUUAUAUUAUUGGAUUUUGCUGCUGAUUUUGCAAGAGAAUUUACUUCUUCAGGUCAAUUAAAAGCAAAAGAAUUGUGUAAUGUUGCUAUGACUUUAGUUAAUAGAACAAAUGAUAUUUCAUUAGGUUUUACUAGAACAGUAUAUGAAAUAUAUGUUUGUACUUUAGCAAAUUAUUUUGAACCAAUGUCACAAGUUUUCAAAUAUUUUGAAAUAAGUACAGAAACUGAUCAAAAUGAUACAUUAUCAAGCUUUUCCGCAUUGAAUUUAGUAUUAGAAACUGCUAAAUUGUUUUUGUUGCUUGUUAGUGGUAGAGCCUAUGAAGUUUCAUACCUGUUUAAAAGAAGAAAAGCUCAAAGACCAAAAUAUGAUGUACUGAAAGAUCAAUUAUAUUUAUUUGAUUGUGAAGAUUUAUUAUUUGGAUCAAUUUCAUUAAGUGAAUUUCAAUCUAGAAAUGAUUUUUCAAAUGAAUUUCCAUUAAGUCAAUUUUGUUAUUAUUCUGUAAUAUUAAAUGCGAUGACUUAUGAUCAAAAAUAUGAUGAAGCUGUUGAAUUAAUAAUAAGUAAAGUUCAUAAUUUAGUUGGUGAUUAUCCAUUAUUAUUUUUCAGUGCUCAUUAUUAUUUUAUGACUGCUAUACAUAUUGCUUUUUCUUCUAAAAUGUCACCAGAAAUAGAAGCUAAAAAGACUAAAAUAUUUGAUGACAUUUUACAUAAGGCUAAGAUCUGGUCUGCCAGUAAUGAAGCAACUUUUAGUAACAGAGUUAUAUUUUUAGAUGCAUUAAAAGCUAUAAGAGAACAAAAUCCUGAUAAAUUAUAUAUUUUAGAUUUAUUUGAAGAAUCAAUUGAUCAAGGUACAAAAGUUAAAAAUUGGUAUGAUGUAUGUUGGGUUUGUGUAUUCUGUGCCAGAUGGUUAGUUAAAGUAAGUCACAAUAAGAAAAGAAUUAUUCAUUUUGCAACUAGAGCAAUGGAUAUAAUGAAAAGACUAGAUUUUACUGAAUAUAUUAAAUCGUUGGAAAAUGAAUUUGGUAAAUAUUUUGAAAAAGAUUCAUUAUACACUUGGGCUGGUUUGAACGAUACUACAGCCACUAAAACAACCACUACCACAAAUCAUAAAGCACCACUUUAUACAAAACAAUCAAAAGCUGUUUUACCAAUAAGUAAUUCAAAUCAUGUUGACGACAAAUUGAAAUCUGAAAUUAAAGUUAAUAAAAAUGCAAGAAAAAACAGACAUAAAAUUGAUAAAAAUUCAAAUACAAAUUCUCCAUAUGAUUUAAAUAAUACUAUACAAGCAUGUUUAGGUAUAUCAGAAGCAGCAGAUGAAAAAUCAAUUUUAUUAGAAUUAAUGACAUGUGCAAUAAAAUUAGCAGAAGUUGAUUAUGGAGUUGUUGUUUAUGCUGAUGGUGAACCUAUAAUUCAAGCUGUUGGAUCUGCUCAACAUAUUUAUUGUUUACAAGAAGAACCAUUAAGUUCAAGAAUUGAUGUAUGUCCUUAUUCAUUGUUAAUGCACGUUUUGGAAACAGGUGAAACAAUAAAUAAAGAAGAUGAUCAUAUUGCUUUCGCAAACAGAUUUGGUAAAGAUUCUUAUUAUAAAUAUAAUUCAGUGAGUACUGUUGUUUGUAUACCUUUGAAAAAUCAAUUUGGAGUAUUUGGUGCAUUGUAUUUAGAAGUUGAUGAUCGUAAAAACAAAAAGAAAGCUAUAUUUGAUGGUAGAAAAAGAGAUUUAUUAAAUUUGUUUUGUUCACAAGCUUCUGUUGCAAUGGGUAAAGCUAAAUUAAUUUCACAAAUGGAAAUUGCUAAAAUGGCAGCUGAAGAUGCAACUGCUGAAAAAGCAAGUUUUUUGGCAAAUAUGUCACAUGAAAUUAGAACUCCUUUCAAUUCUUUAUUAUCUUGUUCUAUAUUUUUAUUAGAUACUCCAUUGAAUUCAACUCAAAGAGAAUAUGUUGAAGCUAUUAAAAGUUCAGCUAUGGUUACUUUAAACAUUAUUGAUGGUAUUUUAGCUUUUUCAAAAAUUGAACAUGGUUCUUUUACUUUGGAAAGUGCACCUUUUUCAUUAAAUGAUUGUAUUGAAAGUGCUAUACAAUUAGGAGGAGAACAAGUUGUUGAUAAUGAAUUAGAGCUUGUAUUUUUCAAUAAUUGUCCACAAAUUGAUACUGUUACUGGUGAUGUUACAAGAGUUAGACAAAUUAUUAUAAAUUUAGUUGGUAAUGCUAUAAAAUUCACUACUCAAGGUCAUAUUAUUAUCAAUUGUAAUGCAUUGGAAUUAACUAGUGAUAGAUAUGAAAUUUUAAUAUCAGUUGAAGAUACAGGUAUAGGUAUACCUGAUUUAUCACACAAUAAGGUAUUUGGAGCAUUUUCACAAGUUGAUGGAUCAUCAAGAAGAGAAUUUGGUGGUUCUGGUUUAGGUUUGGCUAUUUCCAAGAAAUUAGCAGAUUUAAUGGGUGGUGAUAUUAAAUUUGAAAGUGAAGAGGGAGUUGGAAGUACUUUUUAUUUUACUGUUAGUUUUAAUGUUAAAUUAUUUCAAAAACCUGAAAUUCAAUUACCUAAUAAAUCUGCUUUAAUUAUUAAUAAAUUAGAAUUAACUGGUGCUGCACUUAAAAAUAUGUUACAAUUUUUUGAAUUACUGGUAAAAGAUACUGAAAAUGUAAAUAAAGUCAGGGAAAAAGAUCUUGCUUCUGAUUAUUUUUUCAUUAAUCUUGAUGAAUAUGAAGAAUUUAGUAAAAUUGAAAAUAAAUUAAAAAAGGAUGCAAAAGUUGUUAUAUUAGCACAAUUUGGUAAACCACUUACUGGAAAAUCUUCAAAAUAUGAAGCAUUAUUAUGUCCAUUUCAAAGAGAAAGAGUUGUUAGAUUAUUAAGAUACAAAACUUAUGAAGAUCAUAAACCUCAACAAAUUACACCUGCAUUAUUAGCAGAUGAAUACCCAUUAAAAAUUCUUUUAGCUGAAGAUAAUUUAUUAAAUUAUAAAGUUGCACUUAAAUAUUUAGAAAAAUUAGGUUUUAAAGCAGAUCAUGCAAAAGAUGGAGUUGAAGUUUUAGAGAAGUGCGAUGAACAACUCGCAAAAGGUUUAAAAUAUGAUGUAAUAUUAAUGGAUAUUCAAAUGCCAAUAAAAGAUGGUAUAACAGCUACAAAAGAAUUAAUUGCCAAUUAUACCAAACAAGGUAAUAAACAAUUUUUACCAAGAAUAGUAGCAUUAACUGCAAAUGUAGCAGGUGAUGAUCGUGAAAAAUGUAUAAAAUGUGGUAUGAUUGAUUUUAUAAGUAAACCAAUUUUACCAAAUGAAUUAAAAAAAGUAUUGACACAUUUAGGAGAAGAAGUUAAAAAGGAAAAACAAUAG